AUGACUCUCUCCCAACUGCAAGUGGGGCCAAACAUUGUAUCGCCAAAAUCAGUAUGUGUUGGAUCUGAUAUAUAUGAUGAAGAGUUAGACGCAUGUUUAAGCAAGAUAAAUGCUUUAGAGAGUAUAUGCCCAAAAAAUUGCCGUAGGGAUGGUUUAGUAUGUAACUGCAUUGAGGAAGUACCUCUUCAAUCGCUAUGUCCAAGUGACUAUGAACCAACAGGACCAAAGUUAUGCACAAAGAAAAUUGAAAUAGAGGCUCUUUUAGAAUGUGAAAGAGGACUUAAAUGGGUAGAAAAAAAGCAGAAAUGUGUAGGGGUAAAGUUAUCAACACCUGAAUUGGUGUGUCCCAAAAAUGACUCGACUCUUAUUAAUGGAAUAUGUUUAACAUAUGCUAAGAAAGCUUUACAAAAUAUUUGUUCGGAUGGAUAUACAUUGCAAGAAGAAAAGUUGGAGGUUACAACUCAAAAUAAUAAGUACAAUUCUAGAAAUGUGAGGAACUUCUCAGUACUGCCACAACUGGGAGAAGAUAAUAAACCAAUCACUUAUUCUUGUGUGAAAUUAACUAUGACACCAUAUAACUAUUCUUGUUCGGCAAAUUACCAUUUAAAUGAAGAUCAACAGAUGUGUACAAUUCAUAGAUAUAUUGAGCCAAUUCCAAGAUGUCUCGAAGGUUACCAAUACAAUAAGACUUUAGAUAGCUGUGUGAAUAUUUCAGAAGGUGAACCAGCAAACAGAAUAUGUCCAAAAGAUUAUGUGUUAGAAGGAUUCAAAUGUGUGCAGUCAUCAUUUGUCUUACCUGAGCCUCGUUGUAGGGAUGGAUUUAUAUAUAGUGUUGAUGAAUCUACAUGUAUAAAAGUUUUGCGUGAACCACCUUCAAUGAGAUGUCCUUCAGAUGAUUAUGUAUUUGAUGGAAAGUCAUGCGAACUAAGAAAUGUAGUUAAAUCGAAUAUAGUUUGUAGCUCAGGAAGUAGUUUUGAUAAAAAGUUACAAAAGUGCAUAAACCAAGUAGUUUUACCAGCACAAAUGGGAUGUGAUGAAGGAUAUAAUUUUGAUGAGGAAAAAAGAAAGUGUUAUAAAGUAGAGGUGAAAAAGUCUGAUAAAAUAUGUCCAAUUGGUAUGCAAUACAACAAAGAAAAAGAUACAUGUAUAAAGCUAGAUAAGCGCAAGUCAGAAAAAGGGUGUCCAUAUGGUUUUGUGAUAUCUGAUACAGAACAAAUUUGCAUUCAGGAAAAUAUUGAUAUACCGAAGUUAGUAUGUAAAGAACCUUAUAUCUUAAUGGGUGGUGAUUGUUUAUUAGAUGUUGAAACAGAUCCAAGUCGUGUAUGUCCAGAUGGAUUUAAACUUGAUGAGAAGACUGGGACUUGUAUAUUGCUUGAUAGUGUUAAUGCAAAUUUAGGUUGUCCAAGCGAAUAUAGUGAGUACGCAGAAAAGUGUAUAAGACAAGUUAAGAAAGGUCCAACAAGUGUUUGUCCAGUAAAUUCAAGAUUAAAUCCCAUUACAAACGAGUGCUACUCGAUUAAAAAGUCAUAUAAAGAGUGUCCAGUAGGGUACAAGCCUGCAAAUCCUACAAUAACUCAGUGCAUACAAGUAAUGUCCUCAAGUUCAAACUAUCAUCAUCACCACAACCAUUAUAAUCACCAACAAUUUGGUAAUAUGAACUCAGUAAAUAUUAAAACAGCUCCUAAACCAAGAAAUAUUUUCGAAGUAGUUUAUUAA